AUGCUAUUACCCCAAGAUGAACCCGCUCCUGAUUACUCUGGCAGCCGAAGAAGCUAUGCACGUCGAGAGGCCAUUUCAAGCAGGGGUGCUCAUUAUUCCGCUUUCGAACAGUUUGUGGAUACUGUCUGCACUGGAAUCCUUAUUAAAACAGUGUAUAUUGUUUGCCUGACUACUCUGACUAUGUCCUUGAUCAUUGAAUGUAUUCUCAUCAGUCUUGUAAUUUUACCAUACUUGCAUGAAUCCUACUUUGAGGAAUCCACAUGCUAUCUGCACUACAUUGAACCGGACAUGCCUAUGCUCAAAUGUGAAAAUAAAUGCUCCAAAGAUAGAUCUCAAUUUCCUUGCCUUAAAGUUCAUAUUAUCUACGAGUGGGAGAACCAAAAUCACAGUGCCAAAUUAUUCGAUACUAUUGGGACACAUGAGAAUUACAAAAAACAUGGGUGCGUAACUUCAACAUGCCAUCGGCGUACAGAAGAUAAUCGUUACGUAGUGGACUUAUUCCGAAUGCGUCUCCUUUCGAGAACAAAGUUCCGAUGCUAUGUUUCGGGCAAAUUUCGCAGUCACGAGGCACUGAUGGACAAAUUCCACCGACCGCAUACAAUUUUCCAUUCUGCCUUCUGGCCCGGUCUUAUCUUUGUUGUCUCCCUAGUUCUUUUGCUUAUGACGCUGUUCUUUCAUCGCUACCGAGCGUGGAAGCACCACAGCAUACUUCUUGACUAA